ACCUUUAGCAAUAGUCAGUUUAACGUGGAAGGAUUUCGUAUGUAUCGUGUUGAUAGAAAUGCUCAUGGUGGUGGGCUAAUGAUCUUCAUAAGGAAUGACAUCUGUUUUCGUGUCGUUACACGUUUCAAUGUAGACAUGUCAAGUUUUCGCACUAAAUCCAUGUUAUUGAAAGUCAAAAUAAAUAAAUCUUGGUUUGCUAUCGUUGGCAUCUACAGACCUCCUAACAUCCCAAAAGUCAGUGGAAACGUGAACCUAGUGCUGUUUUUGAAGAUGUAACAACAAUUUCAAAUGACACUAUCUUCUUGGGUGAUUUCAACUGUGAUAUGAUAGAACCAAACAAGCUUCCCAUGGAUGGACGCGAUUUGUGUGAUUUAUUGGACAUUUAUAACCUAAAGAACCUAAUCACAUUACCAACUGGAAGGACAGACAAAAUAACAACAAUCUCGAUCUCAUUCUUACAAACAACAAUGAAAGAAUACUAUCAUCGGGCGUGG